AUGGCCCAUUCUAUGCCUGAGCGACGGUCCCAUGCUUUACGCCUUCCUCCAGAGCUACUCGAUCAUAUCUUCUCGUAUAUCCCAUACGAACGCGCCUCGGUCCGAAUCCAUCAGAAAAUCGAGCCACGAUCAUUCAAGACGCAACUGGCCUUCGCUCACGUCUGCCGGGCGUGGCGCAGUAUAGCCCUCGCCAGCGACUAUUGGCCUGGCCUUCGCCUUCCCCUACAAGAUGAUCGGCGGCCAGGCAAGGCUCUGGUCCACGAUAGCGGCAACUCCCUGCUCUACGUGCAUGUCGACAUGGACCAGUUUCAAUCCCCCAGGCAUACCGUCAACGAGAAGAUGAAAGACAUUACACUCCGAGCUCUCAACCAGCUUCCGCGCAUCCGUACUCUAUUUCUGAGGCUGGAUCCCGAUGACGACUACAUGACCUUUUGGGAGAAGUACGACGACGAAUCCGAUGCGUGGGAGUUCGCGCACGCCCUAGGAGAACAGGAUGCCCCCGAACUGCAGGACCUUACGCUUGGAUGGAUGAGCAAAGAGCACCUACGUCUCGACUUCAUCGAGCACCCCUUUCCUCGCCUACGAUAUCUCUCCCUGAUGCGCUGCACCUGGGAGACGCGCAGUCGCACACUCUUCCAAACCGACAAUCUUGUGCAUGCAAACUUUUGGGAUGUCCGGCUUUGCCUGUCCGUCGACGAACUCGUCGACACAUUCCUGCAAUGGAAGCGGCUUCAGUAUCUCAACAUCAUGGGCUGCAAUCUCAUGAGCGGGACGCUCGGCCCCACGACAUAUAAUCGUCGCGCCGCGUAUUUACCCGAGCUCAAAGAGAUAGAGUUCUCGGGAGAAGCCAAGGAUAUCGGGACGUUCAUGACUUACGUCGCAUUCCCGCCUUCGACAAGCACACGUCUUUCCCUAAGAAGCAUGUACGAUGCGAGGGAUACAUCGUCGGCUCUCAAAGAUGCCAUCCACGAUCAUUUCGACAUACCUCAAGGACGCUCCCUGAUCAAGGAUUCGCAUUCCUUUGUCAUCGCCUACCCAACCGGAUUCGAGAUUCAAUCGUACGCUCCCGAAAAUUCACCCCCCUUCUUCUGGCGGCAUAUGGACAACAGGCCGGAGUCCCAGUUCAUCUUGCGCGGAUUUGGCUCGCAAGCUGGCUUUCUCAGCGACGUUCUUUCUCAUGUUCCUGCGUUGGAGCAUGUAUCUCGUCUUGACCUUGGACAAAGUGCUGCCCCUCGCGUAAGGCCCCCGCCGAUACAACUUCUGCGACGCUUCGUCGCCGUAACUGAGCUGAUUAUCAACACCGACUGGCGCCACGUUUUAGACGCCAUGCUACUGGACAGUGCUUUGUUCCCAGAACUCGAAUGUGUGCAGUUAUUCGACUUCGACUUGCGCGACCAAUCCACGACGACACCGUUACGCAACGUGUUAGACAAAGUGCGCAAGGGCCGCGCAAAUCUCGUCCGGCUCACUCUACGAGAGUGCUAUAUGGGAGAUGAAGCAUUCAAGAGCGUCUUCGGAGACGACAACGUGUUGAUUAAGAGUUCAGAUGAAGAAAGCGAGGACGAUCAUUAUUAUUAA